UUGUUUUACUGCCGUACGCGCAGUUUUCAGUGAUACGGUGCAUAAUUUUAACAUGAAUUUAAGUCAUUGAGACGAAUUAAAUCAGGCGGUAUUACCGCUUUAUUAAACUUUUGUCUAUUUACGGAAAUAGCGUCGCUCGAGGAAUGUGAAAAUCGACUUAUCAGAGUAGUACCGUGAUGGCAAUCCGUGACAAGUUACAUCUGACCCAACUUUCCUGACUUUUGAGGCCAAAUGGCGAUUACCAAAUAAAACGGACGAUUUUCGCUUGGUUCGUCACGUAAGUCUAUCCGAAGCGUUUGCCGCACGAUGUCAGGACAGAGCGGUGGACAUCGAGUGUGUUUAUCCAAGCUUAAUGAACAAUUGACAUGUAGACUGUGCGGUGGUUAUUUUAUCGAUGCCACUACUAUUAUAGAAUGUUUACACUCAUUUUGUAGAAGCUGCAUUGUCAAAUAUUUGGAGAACAACAAGUAUUGUCCAAUCUGCGAGGUACAGGUUCAUAAAAGCAAGCCAUUAUUAAAUAUACGUCCUGAUCAUACUUUACAAGAUAUUGUAUAUAAACUUGUACCUGGAUGUUACCAAAACGAAAUGCGAUGUCGGAGAGAAUUUUAUGCGAAGCAUCCAGAUAUACGUAAUCAAGUAACGUCUCCGGAAGCACGUGGAGAACCAAUAGAAUCACAUAUAUAUUCUCCGGAUGAAUCUCUCAGUCUGUCCUUGGAAUAUUUUAACCCUCAUACAGAGGAUUUAAGUGAAACAAACACUACCAAGGAUACAACUGAAAAGCCGCUUUUGAAACGAUAUUUGCGAUGUCCCGCAGCAGUGACAGUAUUUCAUUUACAAAAAUUAAUAAGAGCCAAGUAUGGCCUUAGUGAUGCACAUCGAGUUGAUAUAAUGUAUAAAGAAGAGCCCUUGUGUAGUAGUUAUACUUUAAUGGACGUAAUGUACAUUUAUCAUUGGAGGCGGAAAGUUCCACUACACUUAAGCUACAGAAUAUUCGAAUCAUCUUCAAAACGCAUGAAAUUGUCGGAAGACAAUGUCAACUAUAAGAAGUCUCUAACAAACGCUGGCAUUCAUUCCGACGAAACGAAAGACGAGAAGUCAUUGAAACGAGAAUGGAAAGAAGUGCAGUUAAAGAUAUCGGAAACGGGCGUGAUGAGUAUAACCGAUAUAUCGAAUACGGUACUCAAAAGAGAAUCAGGGAUGGAGAAUGUACAGGAUCAGAAAAUCACAGACGAAAGCGUCACUACUAUUGCAACGGUGAGCAAAGCAGAUACAUUGGUGGAGAAUUGCGGUGUGCCCAAGUCUUGUAUAGAUGCGAUGCAACCUGUCGUGGUUAUUGACGCGCAAAUAACGAAAAACACGAUUCUUCCUGAUUCGAGCGAUACGCCGCCUAUGGUCACGAGUGAUGUCAAGCCUACAGACGAAAAUUCGUCGAUCAAGAACUGUACAUCGCCACCUAUUCAGCACAAUGGUAGCACGACAACGAGGCAGACUAAUGAAGCGGGCAGUCGUGCUGCCCCAGCGAACUCGCAACAAGACACGCGAGAGGUAAAAGUUCAUAAUCAAACUAACAGCGCCGAGGACAAACCAAUUUCGCAAGGACAGGAAGUUACCGGUCAAGUGGUAACGCAAUGCAUAGAAGAGAGUGCGCCCGCGCCUGUAGUCGAGAAUACGACGGGAAUGGAUACGCGAGCGAAAAAGUUGGCGAUAAAUAAUAACAACAACAGCACAGACCUAAGGGCUGAGGUUCAAAAGGAGUGCGUGAAAAGUGAAGUGAAAAUAGGAAACGUUGGGUCCAAGAUCGACGCGCUAAGCGCAAAAUUGCUGUUCCAGCCGAAGAUCGGUCAAGUGAACAACACUUAUUCUAAGAAAUCACCAAAGGAAAAACGAGCGAUUUUGCAGAACGCAAAGAAGUCGGAGUUGAAGUCGCCGACGGAAAGUGUGAAAGUCGCCGACGUGAAAACGCGAACGAAUUGUGGGAGUGCAGCGGCCAAAGUGACGAUUUCGUGUUCCACGGCAGCUUCCUCCCCGCAGAAACCGAUCGUGUCGACCGCGACAGCAUCUCCGAACACUUCGACGGUAGACUCGACGGCCGAAUCUAUUAAAGCAGAAGUCUCUUACGAAAAGGACAAUCAAAGCGCGGGUAUCGACGUGCAGCAAGCCUUGAAUCUGCUGGAGCAAAAGAGGAACUCGCCUACACAAACACAAGCGGAAUUAGUCUCGAAAGCGAGUCACGUGAGUGCUGCGGCUGGUCAGAGAUUACAACAAUGUGUGCGAAAUAGCAGUACUCUCGCGCCCAUUGAAAGUGCAUCCACCGCAGCAAACACUUCCACAUCCACAUCUAUGAGCCAGGUGACAUCGACGUUUCCAUACACGGUCCACGACUUAGUGACCAACGCCAACCUGAAAUCGACCCUGAAAAAUUCCAACAGCAGCAGUGUACCCCAAAAUUCGCUGACGGCACCGUCCGUCGCCUGUCCAACGUCCAACAAUCAAAUGUCUUCUAUGCCUCAGUUCACCAUGCAAACACCGUCGAUGAGCAUAUAUUCUAUACCCACGUCCUUGAAGAACAACUGCAGUAGCGCGAGUCAAGCUGCAGCUGCGGUAACGAUCACGCCGACAGCACCGAUCGUGUCGACGGCGACGGCAAAGUCGACGUCGGCACCGACGCCGACCUCGACUCCGUGUCCGGACGCGAUCCCGAUAUCUCUGAUGAAGCCGUCGAUGCGCAAGCAGGAAGCGACCGCCAAGGGUAGCAAUCUCAACGAAAUCUGCGCGAAAAUCGGCUCGAACACGACGGGCUCGAAGAUUAACGACAUCUGCGCGAAGAUAGGGGAGAACUCGAAGGAGAAGAACAGGGUGGAGGCGCGCAAUAAGUCGGAUAUACCGGACCUGCUAAAAAUAGCGAAGAAGACUCCUUCGUUGUCGAACUCUGACACGGCCAUAAAACAUAUACCGAAUAUUCCUAAUGUACCGGUAUACACACCAAGCAGCAAUACGACGACGGUGGAAAGCAAGGGCGCGAAAAUCGCCUCGUCGACGUCCGUCGCGUUGGCGGUGCCCACGUCGUCGGCGCCGACGCCGACGCCUCACGUGAGCCAGAGGACGUCAUCCUUAAAGAAGCAGAAUCAAGCGGUCGGCUACAAAACGCUGCGCGACCCGCCCAAGUGUUGGAACCCCACAUUGUCGAAGAACAACUACGUGGCGGUGAAAAAUCAAAAUCAAGCGUCCGCGUCCGAGGGCACGAGCAAGCAGAUCCCGUCGAAACCGGCCAAGAUCUUCAAGAUGAGGAACAUGCCGCGCUACUUGGGCAAUCCCGCGUCAGGCGUGAAGCCGAUGUACGGGAUGACGAAUGACACGAAGGAGAAGGAGCAGUCGACGACGAACACGAAAAGCACUACCCUCAACAUGAUGAAGAUCGACCCGAAAACCUUGUCGCCUAUUGUCUCCACGGUAAAUUCGCCAAUCGUCUCGCCGCCGCCUUAUUCGCCGAAUGCCCGGAGCUACCAGAACACUCCGUUCGCGCGGGACAUGUGCCGCAGCUCCGGCUCGCCGAUCUCGCCGAGGAAUUCGCCGGUAAACAUGUUGUCGACCAAUCCGUUCAUACCGUCUCCUACGCCCAACACGAAUCCCCGGAUCAUAUACUCUCAUUUCCCCCCGCCUUUUCCAGACGCCAGUCGGUUCCCGAAUCCUUUGAUACGGUCGCCUAUCGGUAUCCCGCCUCCCAGUGCCUUCCACAGUAGUCUACCGCCUUCGAUCAACAAGCUGUAUCAGCGAUCGAGUUACAUACCGCAAACCACCGGUUACUCACCGGUGGCUGGUCAGCCGCCAGCGGUGCAGAGAAUACCGCCGAGCACGCACUCGUCGUCGCCGAAGACUUCGUCGCCGAACUCGAUCUCCUCCACGUCGUUCAACAUGGGAAAGACUGAGCCGAUCACGUCGACGGUCAACAGCGUCGCAUUGCUCUUGUCGAAGAGCGUGCCUGUGCCAGUUCCCGUGCCGGUACCGAUGUCCGUGGCUAUGCCCGUAUCCGUGCCAUCUCAACGAGAACUCAACGCGUUCAACCUGUCGAAGACCGGCAGUUUGACCGUCACUUCCAACACCGUGAAGACGAAUACGGAUGAUCCUCACGAGACGCGGAGUGCUAAGCAGAACUCGUCCUCGGCGUCUAUAGCGCCCAAUCCUGCGGUCACGAACGUCGAAGUAUCCGAGAAUUCCAGUCCGCCGAGUGGUAGCGAAAGAAAACAAUGUAAGGACACGGACAUACAAACGCAGGAGAGCGCACGAAGUAGAGAAGAGGUCGGCCAAGCUUCCAAGCCGAAGGUCGCUGAAAACAUGAGCCCAACCGACAAGAAAGAGAAGAACCAAACGACUAAAGUCAACGGCGACGUUACAACAGAACACUUCGGAAGUAAAAAAUCCAAGGAGUAUAAUAACGAUGAGACGACGGUGACGACGACGACGACGACCACAACGGCCACGACGACGACGACGAUGGUGGCGACGGCGGCGACGACAACGGUAGCGACGACGCCGAUACAGGAGACAACCGAACGAGAGAAUCAAGCGGAACGCUCCUCACCCCGGGAACGAAAUAAUAUUCAUAAGAGCAACUCUCAAGCUGCCGUCAACGACUCGUCAACGAACGACUCCAAAACUGAAGAUCUCGGCAAGACCAGCGAGCAGAUACAAGGCAAAAAGUCGGAAGCGCAGAGAAACAAGGCGGAGACGUAAUCGCGAAUCGUCCUUAGAUAAAAAUGAAAGUCGUGCGAUUUUAUUACUGUCACUCAAUCACACAUACAUAUACACACACAUUCUCUCUCUCUUUUUCUCUCCCCCUCUCUUUCCUCUUUCUUCCGCGUAUUAGACAGGAGCUGCAUUUAACCUGACACACACGCGAUGACGGCUUUUUUGAGAAAAAAUCGGCAGUUAGGCUGAACACACGCUCCGCGUUCUGACAUUUACUGCCAAUAAUUGUAAUGUCGUUUCUCCAACAACCGAGACGGUCGUCGACACGCAUAUUAUUCUGCAUGCAUACACAUUUGUAUCGUACAUCUGAGAAGCGCGCCUAUAUGCCAUCCGCGUGUAACAGAGAAUGUCAGAAAAGGAAUGCGUAAGAGGAUCGCUAAAAGAUGGGCAACGGAUUCUCGUUGCACUGGCACUGUGUCAAAGAGAACAAGAGUAAGCAAUUAAUGACCAUUGUUGAGGAUGUUCCGCGGCGUGUUAGCAAUCUGUAUAUUUCUGUAAAUACAUAGCAAUCGCGAAAGAUCUAAUUAUUUUCUAUUAUAAAUGAGUUAUUAUAUCAUUGUGUUGAGCACAUUAUUUUAUGAGCGUACGCGUUGACGAUAAUUAUGAAACCGUCAGAAUUUCCGCGUGCAUAUCUAUCAUUGAUAUUACCGUUAAACGAGUCUCCCCUCCCCUCCCCCCGUUGUUAUUACACGUGCAUAUAUGCAUUAUAUGCAUAUGUAGGAAUGG